AUGUCUUGGGGGUCCAUCACCCUCCUGACCUUCAGCAUGUUUCUCAGCAGCUCUGUUGCAGGGCUGGGGUCAGUUGGGAGGCAGGGUUUCUCGGUGGUGUGGAACAUGCCUACUGCAAGAUGCGAGCGGCGUUUUGGUGUCUCACUGCCCCUGCAGCAGUACGGCAUCAUACACAACCCAGGACAGAGGUUUGUGGGUGAGAACAUCAGCCUGUUUUAUGAACGCCGUCUCGGCCUGUACCCCUACAUCAACUGGGAGGGCGAGUAUGUGAACGGCGGAAUCCCUCAGCUGGGCAUUUUGGACGCUCACUUGUUUGUCACUAAAGGACAGUUACAGGUCCUUAUGAGGAAGAGCUUCAGUGGACUGGCUGUGUUAGACUGGGAGGCGUGGCGACCUUUGUGGAGCAGAAACUUUGGACGCAAACAGGUUUAUCGCAGGCUGUCUAAAGAGUUGGUGUGGCUAAAACAUCCAGAGAUGUCAGAGAGGAAAGUGACUUCAAAGGCCCGCAUGGAAUUUGAACAAGCAGCAAAAUCUUUUAUGGAGGAAACGCUGCGUCUUGGCCUCCGUGAAAGGCCCCAGGGAUUAUGGGGGUUCUACGGUUUCCCCAGUUGCUAUAAUAAUCAUGGGGCAAAGGACGAGGGGUACACAGGGCAGUGCAAAGCUGGAACCGAGUCGAAGAAUGACAGACUAAAGUUUCUAUGGCAACAUUCCACUGCAUUGUACCCCAGUGUGUAUGUGCGGCGUGGGCUGGCGGGAAACCCCAACACACGACUGAUGGUGAGACAUCGCAUACUUGAGGCACUACGAGUGGCAUCCCAGCAUGCACCUGGUUCUCCGCCUCCUCCUAUUCUACCCUACGCGAGAGUGGCCUUCAGACAAACUCUAAAGUUUCUAAAAAAGACGGACCUGGAUUUCACACUCAGAGAAAGUGCUGCUUUAGGGGCUGCUGGAGUGGUGCUGUGGGGCAAUCUGGCUUUUGCCAAGUCCAAACAUCAGUGUCUUCUUCUCAGGGACUAUAUAAACUCGGUUUUAGGGAAAUACGUGGAGUCUCUGCGUCGGGGAGUGGCGCGUUGCAGUGAGGAUGUGUGCCACGCUAACGGCCGUUGUGUCAGACGCGACCCUCACUCUGAUCACCUGAUCCCCCUGCUGGAUACCACAAGUGAAUUUGACCCUGACCUAAGGUCAGUGUUCAAAUGUGUGUGUUAUGAAGGGUGGAGCGGAGAGCACUGUGAGAAGACCACCACACCUGAACAGCUGACCUGA